AUGCGUACUCGUCUGCGCGUGGAAGCCAAUGAAUAUUUACUUGACACACUUGAAUACAAUCAAGAAUAUCUAUCGAGUGAUUUGUUUUUUUCGACGAUGGACUCCAGUGAAGAAUCGUGGCAAGAUGUUGUCGAACGUAGAUGCAAUCAAAAUCCAUAUUCGAAUAAUGGUAUAUUGAUCUUUCCACUUUUUCAUUUCGUUCUGCUAUUCAAUUCACAAUUGUCUGAGAACGACGAUCGUUUUCAUUUGCUCCUCUUUGAAAAUCAUUGUGCUUCCGAUGGCCGAAGUGGAUUUGUUCUUAUCAACGACUUUCUGACUUUGGCCACAUCACCAAAUUUGAAUCCCAUGUCAGAACCACUCAAUGUCGAUAUUAUUCCAUUGAUUGGUAAUAUGAUUCCUCGAUCAUUUAGUCCUUUGUAUCUGGUAUUGUCCCUACUCGGUAAACAUCUUCUCAAGUAUGAAUACCGAAAAUUAACUCGACCACGGAUUCCCAUCAAACUCAAUCCACUAUCUGAUAAUCAAUCGAGUCCGUUUCAUGCACCACGAUACCACAUCAAGUUUCUCUUUUCCUCGAGCUCAGUUGAUCUCUAUGCAAAUUUACAUAAACAAUGUCAAUUGCGUCAAGUGACGUUAAAUGGUCCACUGUUUGCAUGUCUCCUAUUAGCUAUUCAUCAUUGUUUUCCACUGAAACAUGACACUCGAUUGCAACCAUUUCCGAUCGGCGUUGCAUUCGAUAUGCGUUCGCGUCUGCCCAGAUCACCGUUGGCAGAAACAUCUGUCGGGCUCUUUAUUGGAUGCAGCGAAAUGAAACUUCGCCGAUCACUUUCAAUGCGAUCUACCCGAUUUUGGUCUUUAUCAGAGCAAUGUAUGGUAAAUACGCGCAAUCAAUUGAAGUCUAAUGGUGUUCCGUUGAACAUGAAUAUUUUGGCCAAUAUUGCCAGAAAUGAACGAAAUUUUGCCCAAUUCACUCGAUAUUGUCCCGAUGGGCGCCAUUCAGAAUUGGGCUUUUCGAACGUUGGAAAAUAUCCAUAUUCGUGCGAAUACAAUCAAGGAGAAAUUCGCUUGCGUGGUUUACAUGUAGUCAACAAUGUUAGUAUUUAUCGUACAUCAACAGUAAUAUUCGUCACAUGUGCGGGCGAUGGGCAGUUGGACUUUUCCUUGGCUCAUGAAAUGGAUAGCGACAACCGAGCUAAACAAUUUUUCGACUUCUAUCUACGUCUCAUUGAAACGUGUGCUGAUGAAAAAUUUUGUCGAGAAGAAACGACGCUCAAUGACAUUUUGAAAUCUGUCCAACAGUAA